AUGCACGAGACAGUGCCUGGCUUGUGGAGAGCGCAGACAGGCUACGCCCUCUUAGUGUCGCAAUCCAGUCGUGAAUCGGCUAUAUCAUUCAAGCAUCAGUAUAGAUCUAGACUUACAUCAUUUCGAAGGAUAAAUCUAGAGCUGAAGACAGCUUGAAAAUUGAUCAAUAUUGCAAGUUGUCUGCCUUUUUUCAGGCCUACGAAUGGGUGGGAAACGUCUCAUCGAAAAACAUAAUCAACAAUACAGACUGGGCUUGGACCCCGUCGGUUGCAGCAGACAACUGCGUGACCUAUACUCACGGGAAUCAAACACAGCCUCAAGAUCCUACUCCAGAAACACUGAGUGACGUCAAGUAAACCUAGUUCAAACCUUAUUUUUCCGAAAAAACUCUCAAUUUUAGAUGCACCAUUGGAUUCGGCUUCAUUUGUGGGAUGUACGCCUGA